AUGGGCCAACAAAAUGCAACAAUGCCUACUGAGUUCAUCUUAAUGGGAGUCACACAGAGUGCUGAGUUGAAACUCCCUCUGUUUGCAGUCUUCCUCACCAUCUACGCAAUCACCGUGGUGGGAAACCUGGGCAUGAUCAUUUUGACCAAGGUCGACUCUCACCUACACACCCCGAUGUACUUUUUUAUCAGACACCUGGCUUUCAUUGAUCUUGGAAAUUCCACUGCCAUCUGCCCCAAGAUGCUGGUGAAUUUUGUUGUGGAUCAAAAUACCAUCACCUAUUAUGCUUGUGCCACACAGAUGGCAUGCUUCAUUAUGUUCAUUGUCAGCGAACUUUCAAUCUUGUCUUCCAUGGCCUAUGACCGCUAUGUGGCCAUCUGCAACCCUCUGCUCUACAGUGCAAUCAUGUCUCAGAGACGCUGCCACACACUUGUUGCCAUUCCAUACCUCUACAGCACCUUCCAGGCUCUGCUGUUCCCUAUUAAGUAUUUCACUUUGACUUUCUGUGGCACUAAUGUCAUCAGCCAUUUCUAUUGUGAUGUUGUCCCCUUGCUACCUUUGAUCUGUUCACAAGUCCAAGAGACAGAAUUGUUGACUAUAUUGUUUUCAGCCUUUAAUUUAAUCUCUUCUCUUUUUGUCGUUCUUUUGUCCUACAUACUGAUUUUGUUAACAAUAUUCCGAAUGCGUUCUGCAGAAGGUAGAAAAAAGGCUUUCUCCACAUGUGGUUCCCAUCUGACAGUGGUGGUGGUGUUCUAUGGGUCUCUAAUCUUCAUGUAUGUGCAGCCUAAAUCAACUCACUCAUUUGAAACUGACAAAAUGGCUUCUGUGUUCUAUACUUUAGUGAUCCCCAUGCUUAACCCCUUGAUUUACAGUUUAAGGAACAAAGAGGUAAAAAAUGCUUUUCAUAGAGUCUUUAAGAAUCUAUAA